UAUCGCUGUCGUCUUAGUAGAAAGAGCAAGAAUAGUUGUCAGGCGGACUCGUAGAAAAUGAAAUCGACACUGCUUACGGUACUGGUAGUACUAUCUUCGACGCGAUCUGAGAAGCGACCUAAUAGAGCCACCUCACUAUACUCGCUCCAACUGUCGACCGUAGGCCUAAGUUCCUACGGGAACAUCAAUUUCCCGCUGGAGCAAUCGCAGUAUUACGCGGCAACCCUCAAGGAUAUCGCAGUUCCUCAAGGACAAGCCUUCCACAUUCCACAAGUGGGUAAAGACAACAUCGCGCCAGUGGCGUACACCAAUUCGGUCGAGAAACCCGUCGAAGAAGUUCAAGAUUACGUCCCGCCACCUCAAUCCUCUGGACCCGCCAUCAUCCCAUUCCAGCCUCCUCCGGCGGUUCCGGUAAACGCGGCCGCCGCCAACGUACCCGCCAACAACGGUGCCGUCUUCUUGGGUUCCGGAUCGUUGGGCGUCAUCAAUUUAGGAAACGGAGCUUUCGCUCUCGGUUCCGGAGGUAUAGGAUAUUCCGAUAUCAGACAACAGCCUAGGCCUUCGGGGACGUCCCCAUUGUAUCCACCACUGCCGGCGAAUCCAAAUUUGGUACCUGCUGCCAAACCGAGCCAGACCCCUACACCCAUACCACAGGGCACACCGAUCAGUCAGCUGACUCCGAACGGGUUCCAUUUCAGUCAGCCAGUGUUCGUCCAAGCACAACAGCCGUCCGUGGAUCAAAAUGGCUAUGAACAACUGACCACAAACAGUGCCGGUUUCGGCUCACCGUCGCCGAGGAUCCGCCCCCUUAAAACGACUAACAAUUAUGCGACACCUACUGCCACUCAGGUACAAAUUCAGCCCAUCCAUCCCAGUCAGCGUCCUCAACCGGGAUUCGGCGAACCUGUGCCCAGAUUACCCGCCGUCGGGCUCCAAUAUUUCAACUACAACGGAUGAUGUUUUAUAUUACAUCGUUGUAAUUCUACUAUUGUUUAUUUGCUGUAUCGAUGGGCUAUAUUUUCGGGCGAGCAGACCGAAAUUCUCGAACCAAAUAAAUAAAAUACCUUUUUUAGUUUUGUACGUGAAAUAAACAGUAA